AUGCCGCCUUCAUUAUCGGAUUCGAAAGCCAAGAUGGUAGGAUUUGAUUCUCCUGAGCGGGCGGGCGCCUACUUUCUCGAGGUGCUCCUCCGAUUGCAACCAUAUGCCCAGGCUAUCAUGAUCGACCGCAGCUAUGCUCCAGACUGCUCCUACACACAUCCGCUUUUUCAUAUACCUCCUGCCGACUUGCGGGGCUGCACUCUCCCGCUGACCGGCAAUCUCAGUUCCCGGGAAGCCCUCAAGCUUCUUUUCGGAGUUAGGAGGGCCGUUUUCCCUCAGACAGUCUGGAAGACAGAGGGUUCCGGCUUUGAUUCCAAGUCCAACAAGGUCUUUGUGCUCAUGCAGCACAAGCUGGACCUAGUAUUCAUGCCCAGGAUCUUCAAUACGCUACACUUCAAGGUUGCCACAACCUUGCAACUGAAGCCUAUCUACAUCAACCUGGAUGAUCAGGCCCAGAACAUGCCAAGCGAAAGCUCUGAUUAUCCAUUUGAUAAACCCGCUACUGCUUUGACCAGUGGGCUUGAUAGUGCCGAUCUUCAUAAUGGCAUCGGCGACGGCGACAGAAUGCAGGACGGAUGGAAGAUGUACGAUGAUAACGGUACGCGCAAUCAGUAUCUCGAAUCCAUCACGUCCGAGGAACUUCGAGGGAGCGGCAGCGGAUCGACUGCUUACACCAAUGCAAAGCGGACUGCGUCCAAUUGUAUCCAUCAUGGGAACCUCGGAGUUGAUGCCCCGCUACUCGACAAGCUUGAUGCGUCUAUUCCAACGACUGACAGCCCCGCAGGCUUGGGUGAAAGCUGCUGCUGCUCGGCCGAUGCAGUCUGCGGAAGAUUCUGUGCUUCAUGCAAGCGCAGCGCGGGCAGCGGCUUGGUCUUGACGACCCGCUGGGUCAUCUGUUCGCAAGAGGAUAUGAUGCAACCAUAUGACAUUCUCCUGUGCAUGCUCUGCUUCCCGGCCAUCGUGGUAUGCAGCUGGGCUCGGGCAGCCGUUUAUUUUUCCCAGAGAUUUAAAUCAGCCUUGCUUGUCCGGAAGCAAGCAAAGGUCAAGGCACUAAGGCCAGGCGGGUCAGCCUUUGCCCGUGCUAAGCCAUGCAUCCAAGUAUCGGAGAGAAAUGCUGGUCCGUCUAGCGCGGCCGCCGAUAUCGAGACCAUGGACACGGCCCUGCUACCUGAGGUGGACGAGUCUGCAAAGGAGAGGGCUGUGGAGAAGGCCCGGAAAAAUGUCAUUGGGUCGAUGGCCAAUGCAAGCGCCCAUCUUGAUAAUAUCCCAGAGGAAGAUGCUGAAAUGCAUGGCCCAGAAUCUCGCCUUGAGAACGUACCUAUUGGCGGGGGAAUGGAUGCCAACUAUGGCAUGAGAUACAUGAAAGGAAACCUACUCGCAGAGUUCAACAACUCGUUUCAGCGCGCGUCCGGCAAGUCCAAAUCUGUUCGCUUCACCGAGAAUGUCGGCAAUGGAAUGGACGACAAUGGCGAUACCAAGUGCGACGUCGAGUGUAAGAAUUAA